CUCUCUCUCUCUUUCUCUAAAAUAUAACAAUUCUACAUAUAUAAUGGAGGAGAUUGAUUUUCGUUCAAAGACAUCAACUUCUUGUCUAAAGCUAUUUGGAUUUAGUGUUGAUGGAGAAGAAGAUUUGUUCGAUCAGUCGGUGAGAACUAACCAAUCAUCCGUAUCGACGGAGCCUAGCGAGUUUCCGGUGGGAUCCUCGGGAGGAAGUGGUAGUGGUGUACGAAGCCGAGGAGGAGGAGGAGGAGAGCGUAAGUAUGAGUGUCAAUACUGUUGUAGGGAGUUUGGUAACUCUCAAGCUUUGGGCGGUCACCAAAACGCUCACAAGAAAGAGCGUCAGCAACUCAAACGCGCUCAGCUUCAAGCUACACGAAACGCUGCCGCUAAUUAUUCGAACGCUGGAUCUGCGUCUCCGUAUUUACGGAAUCCUAUAGUCUCCGCCUUCGCUCCUCAGCCUCAUCACCUAUCUUCCGCCAUGUCUCCGCCGGGGGGAGGAGGUCCUUGGAUGUAUCUUCCACGUGUAUCACCGUCUCACCUUCACGUGCCACAUGGGUGCGUGAUUCAGGAUGGUGCGGGGGGGUUCUCGUAUGAUUCUGGAUUUAGGUUUAAUGGGUCUCAGAUGAGACACGUUCAGACUCAUGGGCCAAGACCAUCCGUGAAAGGAUUUUCAAGAGAAGUGGGACCAACUUUUGAUGAUGGAUUAGGGUUGGAUUUGCAUCUGAGUCUUGCACCAGCUGGUCAUUAAUGUUUAAUCAUAUGCCUCCUGCAAGUAUAACAGGAGGGUAGCUCGUGUAUAAUUCUCUACAUUUUAAUUGAUUUUAUUUAUUUAUAAUGAUUUUAAAUUCCAGUA